CGGGUCGCUCUGCUGCUCCGGGACCGAGCUGUAGGCCGGUUGCGGGAGCCGUGGGGAGAACCUAGGAGCUCUCGGAAGCGGGGAAACGACUCUCCAAUGGUCAUAUAUUACUUUACAUAGUCAUGUUCUGCAUAAUGACAUUUCAGCCAACAACGGACCCUGUGUAGGACAGUAGUCACCAGCAGCCUCCUACAGCUGGUGGUUUACUGCAUCUUUUGAUUGUUCUCAUAUACUCAAUUUAAUUUUAUGCUAUUGUGUUCAUCAUGGCUCCUACUCACACAAAAUCCACUGCUAAAGUUGCCAGUAAGAGGCCACGUCGAGUGAUUGACCUAGAAACAAAAUUAAAAUUGAUUAAGGACUAUGAAGGUGGAAAAUCAGUAAUGGUUAUUGCUCGCCAAUCAGGGAUGUCCCAUUCCACCAUAGCUACAAUCUUGAAGAACAAGAACAAAGUGACAGAAGCUCUUAAAGGAUCUGCCUCAUUGAAGGCCACCAGACUAACAAAAAUUCGAGAAGGGCCCAUAUCAGAUAUGGAGAAACUUCUAAUGACCUGGAUUGAAGAUCAGACACGGAAGCGGGUCCCUCUCAGUACUAUGAUGAUUACAGCUAAAGCCAAAAGUUUGUUUGCAAUGUUGAAGGAAAAGGCUGGACCCGACUAUAAUGUUGAAUUCACUGCCAGCUCUGGGUGGUUCAAGCGAUUCAAGAAUCGCUAUUCAUUACAUAAUGUGAAAGGGAGUGCUGAUGUCACCAAGGAAUGUAUGAAUGGCAUCUGGAAGAAGACACUCAAGAGGUUUGUCCAUGAUUUCAAAGGAUUUGCUCAGGAAGAGGAAGGUACAAACAUGGAUAAGGCUGUGGUUGAGAUGGCCAACAACUUUACUCUGGGUAUGGAGGAGGAUGACAUGGAGCUCCUGGAGGUGGUUCCUGAGGAACUGACCAGUGAGGAGUCGUUGGACCAGGAGCGCAAAGCCCAAGAAAAAGCAAGAGAAAAGGAAACUGCAAAAGAAGAGAAAGAACUUCCAAGAAAAUUCACAGUGUCGGGUCUAGCAGAAGCUUUUACAGACCUCAACAAGCUCCUUAAAAAGUUUGAAAGCAUGGACCCCAACCCUGAAAGGUUUUCAUUAAUAGAGAAGAAUGUUCAUGGUGCAUUAUCUGUGUACAAACAGAUCUAUGAGGCAAAAAGGAAGCAAACCACCACAGACAUAUUUCUGAGAAGAGUGACACCUCAAGAGCCUCAGGCAGGUCCCUCAGGAGGCAUUGUCAUCAUAGGAGAUGAUGGCACUAUGCACAUUAUUGCCCCUGAGGACCUACCGGUGGACCAUGUCAGAGAGGGGGAAGUCAGUGAUAUUGAUGAUCCUGAUCUUGUGUAGGCCUAGGCUCAUUCGUAUGUUCAUGUCAUAGUUUUUUAACAAAAAGCUAAGAAGUUUAAGAAAAAUUAAAAAUCAAAAAAAGCAUCUAGAAUAAGGAUAUAAAGAAAAGAUUUUUAUACAGCUGUGUAAUGUGUCGGUUUUAAACUGUUAUUACAAAAGAGUCAAAGGUUUAACAUCUUAAAAAGUUGAUAAAGUAAAAAAAAAAGUCUGGUAAGGUUAAUUUGUUAUGGAAGAAUGGAAAAAUUAUAUAUUUUAAUAAUCUGGAAUAACCUAAGUGUACAGUGUUGAUAAAGUCUUACAGCAGUGUACAGGAAUGUCUGCAGCCUCCACAUUUACCCCUCACUCGCUGAUAACCAGAGAAACGUCCAGUCCUGCAAGCUCCAUUCAUGGUAAGUACCCUCUACCUGUGUACCAUUGGUUAUUUUUUAUCUUGUUUUUGCUGUACCUUAGACACACAAAUACUUAACAUUGCAUUACAGCUAAGCAUGGUGGCACAUGCCUAUAACCCCAGCAGCUUGGGAGG